AUGCCCUCGGAGUCUCCCGCGGGGCCCGUGACCGGGGCGGCCCCCAACGCCACGGCGGCGGCAGCAGCGCCGGGGGCCAACCUCAGCGCGCCCGAGCGGCCGCUGUUCCACCUAUUCGCCGUGCUGGACGAGGAGCUGCACGCCAGCUUCCCACGCCUGUGGCUGGCCCUGAUGGCCGUGCACGGGGCCAUCUUCCUGGCGGGGCUGGCGCUCAACGGGCUGGCGCUCUACGUGUUCUGCUGCCGCACGCGGGCCGCCGCGCCGUCCGUGGCGUACACCGUCAACCUGGUGGUGACCGACCUGCUGGUGGGCCUGUCCCUGCCCACGCGCUUCGCCGUCUUCUACAGCACGCCGGGCUGCCUGCCCUGCGCCUUCCCGCACGUCUUCGGCUACUUCCUCAACAUGCACUGCUCCAUCCUCUUCCUCACCUGCAUCUGCGUGGACCGCUACCUGGCCAUCGUGCAGCCCGAGGGCUCCCGCCGCUGGCGCCAGCCCGCCUGCGCCCGGGCCGUGUGCGUCUCCGUGUGGCUGGCGGCCGGCGCCGUGACGCUGUCCGUGCUGGGCGUGAGGGCCGGCGGCGGGCCCUGCUGCCACGUGCUCGCGCUGACCGUGCUGGAGUUCCUGCUGCCGCUGCUGGUCAUCAGCGUGUUCACGGGCCGCAUCGUGUGCGCGCUCUCGCGGCCGGGGCUGCUGCGCCAGGGCCGCCGGCGCCGCGUGCGGGCCAUGCAGCUGCUGCUCACCGUGCUCGUCAUCUUCCUCGUCUGCUUCACGCCCUUCCACGCCCGCCAGGUGGCCGUGGCGCUGUGGCCCGACGUGCCGCGCCACACCAGCCUCGUGGUCUACCACGUGGCCGUGACCCUCAGCAGCCUCAACAGCUGCCUGGACCCCAUCGUCUACUGCUUCGUCACCAGCGGCUUCCAGGCCACGGUCCGCGGCCUCUUCCGCCGGCGUGGAGCGGAGGGCGAGCCCGCUGUCGGUGACGCGGUCAGCAUGCGCAAGAACUCCAGGGGCUCGGGCCAGCAUCUCACCCUCAGCGCCGGCCCUCGCGCCCUCACGCCGGCCCUGGCUAAUGGGUCCGAGGCGUAGUUGGCAGGAGCCGCAAGGGGGCCGAAGGUCAGGGGUGGGCUGAGCGCGCCAGGUCUGGACCCAGCUCUGCCUGGAUGGCAAAUCGAUUUCUCCUCGAUCAAUUGGUGAUGGCUGCCCAGGGCAACGCCCAGCGACUCUAAGGCCGCUGUGCUGUGGCUGAUUAGCAAUGUCUGCCACAGGCUCCCCGUGGGGUGUGGCGCUCUGAAUGCUGAUGACCCCCCACCCCUGGAGUCCACGGAAAACCCAGAGGGUAGGCAGGAGCUCCUUCUUGCCUGGGCCAUUCUGUCCCCAGAAGGGGGUCCCCAGAGACGGGGACAAAGAUUUUUUUACAGAGUGGGGAUUCCAGGGAGAGGGUAGAAGUCAGCCUGCGGAGGUC